CCAUUUGGGGGCGUGCCGGAGAAGUAUCUGAUACGCUGCCGCAGUGGCUCUUGGUAAAUGAAAGGGAUGUGUUGACGUUUGUUUUGUUUGAUUCCUGGGACACAACUCAAAUAGGGACAGUAGUCGAAGCAUGGCGAUGAAGGUCUUCUUCCCUACAUGCUGCAAUACAGCAGACAGUGGGGUCUUAAUAGGUCACUGGGUUCCAGAAAUGAGGAUGGCAGUUGUCCUUGGAGUGGUACAUUUUCCAUUUAUUCCUAACCAAGUGAAACAACAUCUGACUGAAAUGCAGAGCUUGACUGGUGUGGAUUUAUGUGUGUUGGGCUCAUGGAGCAAUCACAGCCCAGGGAAUAAGGACCUCAGUCGUUUUUUGGAAGACCUGAGUGGUGUUUUUCCUCAUAAUAUCUGGAUUCAGCUAAGCAAGGAGAAAGGGGGAAAGUUUUUCAAUUGUUAUUUGAGUGGUCCAGGCCCUGAAGGCAAUGCUGCUGAUCGACUGAUUCUAAUAUUUUAUGACCAACGCAAAGUUAUGCUCUCCCACUGGCACAGUGUAAAGGCGGACAGUUUGCAGAACUGCUCACAUGUGGAAGUUGAUCACAACAGCACCUCUGAAUUUGCAAUGAUGUUUGCUACAGUUGCCAAGAGUGAAUGCUUGUUCGUGAUGGACAUAUAUGACCAAGGACCUGUUAAGAUGACCCACUGGCAGUCAGAAGGCAAGGAAGCCAGUAUUGUUGUAGAACUGGCCAAAAUGGCAUCUGCGCCUGUGUGCACUCUGCUUUCUAAGUUGCUUUUCUUGGUAUCUGGCACUACCAGAACCUUCAACCUUUGGCCUGUGAACUUCUUUUGGAGAAAGCUGUCUACAUGUGGUCAGUUGGGCUAUCGUCUGGAACAUCUGCAAACAGUUAGUAGUACUAAGAAAGCAAGCAGUCCCUCAGAACACAUGAGGAAGGCCAACAUCUUUGUUUCAUUCCUGAUUGAUGUUUUCUUGGGAUUAUUGCUGAUUUCCUGGCUUUAUCGAGAGAACCGUAUUGGUCAGAUGGCAGAUGCACUUGUUCCUGCAGCAGAUCAUGUAGCCAAAGAAUUGACAGAGCUGUUGGAGUGGUUGAUGGGUGCACCAGCAGGUUUAAAAAUGAACCGUGCCUUGGACCAGGUGUUAGGACGCUUCUUCUUGUAUCACAUCCAUCUUUGGAUCAGUUAUAUCCAUUUGAUGUCUCCCUUCAUUGAGAUGAUUCUGUGGUAUGUCGGUUUACUUGCUAGCCUUGGACUAACUGUUGCGCUGUCCGUAAUUUCUGAUAUCAUUGCACUUCUGACAUUUCAUAUCUACUGCUUCUAUGUGUAUGGAGCCAGGUUAUAUUGCCUUAUGGUCCAUGGUCUAUCCUCGCUUUGGCGCUUGUUCCGUGGGAAGAAGUGGAAUGUUCUGAGGCAGCGUGUUGAUUCCUGCUCAUAUGACCUGGAUCAGCUAUUCAUCGGGACCCUGCUUUUUACAAUCUUGUUGUUUCUACUGCCUACAGUCGCACUGUACUACCUCGUCUUUACUUUGUUACGUUUGUUGGUGGUGGUAGUUCAGGGUCUGAUUCGAUUGUUGGUAGAUCUCAUUAACACCUUUCCAGUGUUCUCUAUUCUGCUUAGGGUGUGCAGGGCCUACAGACUAGCAGCUGGUGUCAAGUUCCAUGUUCUCAGCCAAGAAUCUGGCAGGCCAUUGCACUUGUUAAUGCAGAUAAACCCUUUGACAUUUAGUCACAUAGUUCAGACGUACAGACUGCCAACAUACAGUUGCUACCCCCAGGACUCCUGGAGUGCACUAUGUCGGAAGCUAUUUGUGGGUGAACUGAUCUACCCCUGGCACCACAAGAAUGAGAAGCAGGAGUGAAGAAAGAGGCCUUUGAGGACUGUGUUUAGAGUUGACCAGGGCAAAUGAUGACCUGUUGUCUCCUGUGGAGAAUUUUCACUCUUGUUGUAUUAUGAUUCCUUUGAGUUCUGCUGGACAGUCUACUUUCUUUAGGACUUAAAACAAAACAGGAACAAUCAGAUUAAUGGACCGUGAAGGUUGUUGAUGAUAAUGUUGUGUAAUUACAUAGCAACAUGCAUCCACCAUGGACUGCUAUUUUAUAGUACUUUGGAUGACUAAACUACAAGUAACUAUAAGUAUUCAAAGCAAGUAUUUCAGUCUGCAGCUGUUAAGUUUAACCUGUCAUGCACUGUCACUCCAUAGAUUAUACCUGUUGCUUUUGUUUUCAGCAGUACAAAGUGCCGUGUUUAUUUAAAAAGAUAAGCCAACAGUAAUUCUGGUGGAACUCUCAGAUUUAUGUUGCAUUUUAAGUGCUCAUUCCUUUGAAUAGAGUGGAUGUAAGAUAAUUAAAAAAACCCUAUUAUUGUUAUUUUAAAUUAAUAUGUUCUGCUGGCUGUAUGGUGUAGAGGAGAGAGCCCUGACUAUAGCCCAGACCCUGGGAUCCAUUAGCAAUCCCAGCAAUAGAGAAGCCAGCAGGAAGCAGGAGAGGAAUGAAAGGAAUGAGUCCAUUUAGCUCUCCCACAGAGGGAGGGGAGACGGAGGCUCACGGCCAGGAAUGAGUAGCUCCUCUGUGAAGACGAGAAGCAGGAGGCAUUUGCUUCAAGGAGGGAUAUCCAUAGGCUUUUGCCAGUCCUAGACAUGCAUGGCAGUCUUGCACAGUGAACUCACAAAUGUGCUAAUAAACGGAGCUUAGAGUAAACCACAAAACAAAGUUUAAUUCAACUCCACGGAGCUUAGAGUAAACCACAAAACAAAGUUUAAUUCAACUCCACAGGUACACAAAAAUGGACCAAAUGACUCGCUUUACACAUAAAACAUGAACGCCUUCACAAGAAACAAGCGUUUUCAUCUCUCUUAGUAUAGACUUCAUCAGAUGCCCAGUGUAUACAAUACCACCUAUUUAUAGAAAAUCUCUUAAUUAGUUAAUAAGAAAGCCUAUUAGGAUUCAACUUUACAUUCAAAACCUCCAAUGAAAUAUCAGCUUGAGAAAAUUAAGUGAUGAUUUCAACCACCUUUUAUGAUACAAAUAUUAAAAUGUUAAAAUAAAUAAAACAUUGAUAUUAAUACAUGUUGUUUGUCCAUUUAAAAUGUCUUUAAAAUCUAAAUAUUUAAUUCACAUUAAAAUGUUAAUAAAGCCACAUAUAAAUACCUUAAAUAUAGUAUUUAAAAUAAAGCCAGUGCAGAGUAUAUUAUAACAGUGGAAGAACCAUCCUAUCUAGUGGCAAUUUUUUUUUUAGCAGACCUUAGUUUUAAUAAUGGAAGAAUAGAAAUAUAAUCAUUCAAACCAGGGAGGUUUCCAGCUUCCAGAGUUACUUGCCACCAUAAUUCUCUAAAUUCUAUCUUUUCCUCCCAUGGACCCCCCCCCCCCCCAAUGUCAUUUUUUAUCUGUUCCAGUCCCAUAAAACUAAAUUUAGCUUCAGGGCAUACUUUAGUAUGUCUAAAAAUGCAUUAGUGUCCUUUUCCACUGAUAUUUCAUAAGUAUGUUAGUAGAUCCUUCUUUUCAACAUUUUCUCUGUCUUUCCAACAUAGAAAGACCUACAUAACCUACACGUAGCCAAAUAAAUUAUUCCUUUAGAUUCACAGUUAUAAAAAUCAGAACUAUUAAUCCAUUUGUUCCUACUUUCCAGGUAAUAUUUAUCUGUGUUCAUAAUAUAUGUGCAUUGGUUACAAUGACCACAUUUAUAUGUCCCUAUCCUAUUCCUAUUAGAAUUAACUUUAUAUUUAUUUUCUAGGAUAGUUCUGAUACACUGAGUUCUUAUAUACCACUUUCUGUGGAACCUUUGAUAUAUUCUGUAAAUCUGAAAGGGAUACAAAGCUCUCCCAUUCCUUUAGGAAGAUUUUUUUAAUGUUGCUGUUUAAAAUAUUGUAUUCAAAUAUUAAAACCCGCUGAAAUUCAUCCCUAUUAUUCUCCUUAUUAUUUUUAAUCUCCUUGUUAAUUUCCUCAGUUUUUUGAAUGGCUUUAAAUUUACUACUUCUUCCUUUUUCAACUUCACCCCUCAGUUGCUUAAUGAAGUUCAGGGGGUAGCCUCUCUCAAGAAACAUCUUUUCCAGUAAUUCACAUUCUAUUAAAAAAUCGUUAUCGGAACUGGUCAUGCGACAUCCCCUUACAAAUUGCCCCUUCACUAUAUUUUUCUUACAAUGCAUGGGGUGUGCUCUCUUGAAAUGUAGGAAUGAGUUACAGAAAGUAGGUUUUCUAAAUGUCUUUGUUUCAGAUCUUGUCCCUACCUUAUAUACUUCUAUGUCCAAAUAUUGCAAACUGGUA